UGUAAUAACAACUCUCUUUAUUCCCCUCAGGACUAACUGCGAAAACUUGCCAUGCAUGAAAGCGAAACUGUCGCUGUUACAGGGUUUGGACCUUUCAGACAGUUCUUGGAGAACCCCAGCUGGAAAGCAGCCCAGGGACUGAAGUCAGCCGGACUGGGAAACAGGACUGACGUUUACAUCAAGGAGGUACCAGUGAGUUAUGUUAAAACCAGGCAGAUUAUUGAGAAACUCUGGAGAACUGUUAACCCAAAGUUUGCAGUCCAUCUGGGUGUAGCCAGAGGUUCCAGUGUUGUCAUUUUGGAACAAACAGGGAAGAACAGCGGCUACAGAGACAGAGAUGUGUGCGGCUUCUGUCCUGAAAGUCACUGCUGUGUUGAAGGCGGACCAGAGAAACUGGACUCGGUCAUCAACAUGAGAGCCGUCUCCAGGCUCUUCAAACAAUCAGGGAUGGAUGUGAUUUAUUCCAGAGACGCUGGCAGGUACCUGUGUGAUUUUGCGUAUUACUUGUCCCUGUAUCACGGUCAGAGGAAGGCAGUCUUCAUCCAUGUACCCUCAUCUGGGAGCCUGGCCUCAGCUGACAGACUGGUACCUCUGCUGCAGACCCUCAUUCAGACGAUGCUCCACCAGCUGGAGGAUCCUUCAGAAACAGCAUGAAGAGCAGCAAUCACAGUCAGGUAGAUCUUCAUAAGCAACCUCCGUGUCACCGAUAAGCAGCGGCCUUCAGGGAAAUAAAUAAAGCAAGCAAUUAUAGUUCUCAUUUAUUUAUUCAAAAUUUCAGAAAAAAAAGAAAAUACAAGAAAUUCUCAGAUACACAUUUGGAGACGGCAUGUCAAAAAAUACACCAUCUCGGCUAUAGGUGUGAAAAAACUUUGAGGCCUCAGAUACAGAGCUUGAAAGAAGACAGUUUAGUGAAAUUAUUAUUUUUUUUGAUUAUUUCUUUCCCCAAUCAAGUAAUGAACACACAGAUUUUGUGAAAGCAUUAUAAUAAAAUAAUAGCAGUAGACCAAGGCCCCCUCAGAAGGUAUAGGAAUGCAAAUCAUAAAAACAGAGGCAUGAUAAUGAUAAACCUCAAACUUAUUAUUGCAGUUUGAAUGCACCGAUGCAUCCUCCAUAAACCUGACAUUUGCAUGAAGAACAUUCUGAAGAAUUAAAAUGCUGAAGAUGCCUAACCGACUGUUUUUUUUUAGUAAGUUACUGUAUAUAUUUAUGCUGGAAGUCUAAGGUAAUGUAGAAAAGCAACUAGUGUGAAGCUGUAAACUAUCAUCUUUUUAUCUAAUCAUGUUGUUUACUCUUUAUCAUGACUACCCGUAAUCUACGCAACAUCCCUGUCCUAUACACUGUAUGUCCAUGUGUUUGUUGUAAAUGCUGCAGUUUUGACAGGUUUGUGAUCUAAUGGUAACUAGUAGUUCACCUCACAAAAGGUCAAUAUCUACUCUCAGAAGUGAAAAGCUGAAAUACAUCAUGAUACAUCCAAACUGGAAAAAACCAAAACAUAAAUGCACAGAUAUGUUACGUAACUACUCAAGCUGUUUGCUUGUUUGUCAGUGGUGAUUUCUGUACCAAUGUUAUAUUCAGCAGCAAUCGGACUACC